GUGUCAAGUCCUUUCUUUUUUAAUUUUUUUAUAUUUAAAAUACUUGUAAUUAUUUAUUUAAUGGGUUAAGUGAAGUAAAGUGUAUUUGAUCGGUACAUUUUUUUAAAAAAAUUGGUUUGAUAUUUUUUUUUUGAUGAUAAUGCGCCAAAAAGAAAAAAGGUUGUAAAAUAUUUCAAUGCACCAAAGUAGAUAAUAAACGGAAUUGUAAUUUGAAUAUGCAUCAAGUUUAAGAUGGCUAAAAAAGGAAAACCAUCAAAAACGUCCACUCCUCCUCCAACAGCAGCAACUGAAAAGAAUGGGAAUGGAAAAUCCAAGAAAAAAGAUUUAGCAUCAAAUAAUGAAACAUCAGAUUCAAAAGAUGAUCCAAAGAAACCUCAACGAGGAUUAGUUAUAGGGGAAAAUUUUGGAUGGACAGGUAAAUUACCAGCAACAUUAUUAUAUGAAUUUUGUCAAAAGGCCAAAUGGGCCAAACCAGAAUUUGAAAUGCGAAAAGCAGGAUCUAGUGGAUUUAAAUGUGUGGUUAUACUUUCAUGGGAGAAUCCAAAGGAUAAGAAAUUAAUUAAAUUAAAAUAUAUUCCAACUUAUGAUCAUUGUAAGACUACAAAUGAAGCCAGACAUAUGGCUGCAACAUAUACGUUAUAUCGUAUUAACUUUAUAAAAAAUAUGAAAAUGUUAUUACCUAUAAUAUUCAGAGAUUAUUGGACUCAACUUGAUCAAGAUAGAUCAAUUAUGCUUAAAGAAAAUAAGACUAAACAUGAUUUAAUAUAUAAUGUUAAUCCGUUUGUUGCACAUCUUGAGCAAGUGGCAUUAAAUGAAAAGAAAGAAAAGGAACGACUUAUUAAAGAACAGAAUGAAUUAAAGGUUAAGAAAGCUUCUAUUAAUAUAACAACUGUAAGUAGUAUCAAUAAUGAUAAAAAGAAAUCAGAUAAAUCAGUAAAGAAUCAAUUACUUCCCAAAUCAAAUCCUAUUAUGAAUCCAAGUACAAUAGUUACAUUUCCAAAGAAAGUAUGGGAUAAUGCUCCAUUUAUUGAUUUUGCAUCUGAUAUAAGAGGUAUGAUUGAAUCAUGUAUUAAAAAGCAUAUCAAUUGGAUUCUUGAUACAUCACCAUUAAUUCCUUCAAGACAAGUAGAAAAAGAUACUCAAACUCUUCUUAAUUUAGGAUUUAGAAAGCAACAUAUUGAAGAAUCAAUUAAAUAUACUUCUACUUUUACAGAUUCUUUAGAAUGGUUAUUAUUUCAUAUUCCUGAAGAUGAUUUACCAGCAUUUUUCAGUAAGACUGAUAAAGAUUCUCAAGUCCAAUUAAAAUUAUCUAAAGAUUUACAAUUAGAAUAUAAAUUAAAAAGAAUAUUACAAUCAGGUUUUGAUGAAGAUGAAGUUCUUUCAACAUUAGAGGUAAAUGAAGGUGAUGAAUUGGCUACUUGUAUUAAAUUAACUCAAAGUAUAGUUCCAUCAUUACCUAAACCAGAUAUUGUUUCUGAUUUUAAUACUGAAGAUUCCUUAUUAUUAUGGGAACAAGAACUCGAUGGUAUUACAAUGGUUGAAUCCAAUAAAGUUGAAUAUUUUUCAAACCAAUCCAAAGAUAUUGUUACUAUUACAUUAAAUCCAAUUGGAUUAAAAAUCUCUAAGGAUAAACAAAGUCUUUUAAGUGUGAAACUUUUCAAAAGUAUGUAUUAUCCUCAUGAAUUACCUGGUAUACAAAUAAUAGUUAAUGAUUCAUCAUUUAAAUUAGCAAAUUAUAUUAAACUUUCAAUUUUAAAUCAAUUAAUUCAUGAUAUUAUUAAUAAAAAUUGGUUAGGUGAUUGCUUAAUAUUCAAUAUAAUUGAAUGGUUAGAACAGAAUAUUUCUAGGAUUAUUGAUAAUCCUGGUCCAUUGAUAGAUGAGUAUGAAUAUGAAUUGGCUGAUAAUACCAAUUCUGAAUCUUCAAUAGCUACAGAAUCAUCUAAUCUAAAGAAGCAUAAUAGAAAGGUAUCUUCUAAUAGAAGAGCAGUAUUAUCAGAAAAGGAUUUGAGUGCUAUUGAAGCGAAUCACCUCAAAAAGCAAGAUACAAACGAUUUAAAGAAAUCAUGGGAACAAAGAAGUCAAUUACCAGCUUGGAAAUCAAAGGAAGAAUUAAUAUCUAUGAUAAAUUCUAAUAAAGUUACCAUAGUAACUGGAGAGACUGGGUCAGGAAAAUCUACCCAAAUUGUUCAAUUUAUAUUGGAUGAUUUAAAUUCUAAGGGGAAUUUUAAAGCAAAAAUACUUUGUACUCAACCCAGACGUAUUUCUACUAUUGGUUUAGCAGAAAGAAUUUCUGAUGAAAGAUUAGAUAAAGUUGGAAGGGAAACUGGAUACAUUAUUAGAGGGGAGAAUAAAACUGAUAAACUCACUAGAAUUUCAUUUGUUACUACUGGGGUUUUAUUAAGAAUGUUACAAUCUUUUUUAGGUCAAGGUUCAUCUUCAAAUUCUGUUUUUGAUAAUUUAGAUUAUAUUUUUAUUGAUGAAGUUCAUGAAAGAUCAGUUGAUAGUGAUUUCUUAUUAAUUAUAUUAAAAAGAGUUAUGAAUAAAUUUCCUAAUUUAAAAAUUAUCUUAAUGUCAGCAACAGUUAAUAUUGAAACUUUUAAUAACUUUUUUGGUUUCAAACUAAAUCAUAUUCAUAUUAAGGGUAGAACUUUCCCAAUAAAGGAUUAUUAUUUGGAAGAAAUUUUAGAAGAUUUAGAUUUCUCAAUUACUUCAUAUGAUGGAGAUAUAAUAAAACCUAAAGCAGAUUCUCAUUUCUUCAAAACAGGUAAUAUUAAUUAUAAUUUAAUUGCUCAAUUAUGUUUAAAAAUUGAUAAAAAGCUUAUGGAUGAAAAGAAUGAUGGAUCUAUUUUAAUUUUCUUACCUGGUAUAUUAGAAAUCUCUCAUUGUAUUCAAAAUUUAAGACAAAUCUUUGAUGAAAAUAAUAGUAAGGGACGAUUUUUCCCAUUACAUUCAGCUUUAUCUUCACAAGAUCAAAAGUCUGUAUUUAAAUUUGUUCCCAAGGGUACGAGAAAGAUUGUUGUAUCAACAAAUGUUGCUGAAACUUCUAUUACUAUUCCAGAUUGUGUAGUAGUUAUAGAUUGUGGAAGAUCAAAGAGUGUAUUCUUUGAUGCUCAAUUAAAUACUACUAAAUUAGUUGAAAAUUGGUGUUCAAAAGCGGAAAUUAAUCAAAGAAGAGGUAGAUCUGGUCGUAUAACUAAUGGUAAUUGUUAUCAUUUAUAUACAAAAGAAGUUGAACAAACUUUAUUAAGUCAACCAAUUCCCGAAAUUAAAAGAACAAGACUUGAAAAUUUAUAUCUUAUUGUUAAGGCCAUGGGAAUAAAUAAUGUUGAAGAUUUCUUAAAUGGAGGUAUUGAUGCUCCUGAACAAUCAUCAUUAAUUAAAUCAAAGAAAUUUUUACAUGAUAUUGGUGCCUUAGAUAAUACUGAUAAUUUAUCUAAUCUUGGGAAAUAUCUUUCUCUCUUACCAACUGAUCUUCAAAGUGGGAAAUUGUUAAUUUUAGGAUGUAUAUUUGGAUGUUUAGAUUUUUGUUUAACAUUAGCAUCUUUAAGUUCUACCGGUAGUCCAUUUCUUGAUAAUAGAGAUGAAAGAGAUAAAAUUAAAAAGAUUAGAAAUAAUUUCUCCAAUAAUAAUGGUGAUUUUAUUGCUCAAGCUAAUGCAUAUCAUGAAUUUGAAAAAUUAAGAAAGUCAAGACAGAAUACUCGUUCUUUUAUUUCAUCAAAUUAUUUAUCUUAUAAUACAUUAAAUGAUAUUUCAUCUACGAGAAGUCAAUAUAUUUCAUUUUUGAAAGAUAUGGGAUUUAUACCUAUAGAUUAUGAAUCUAAUCAAGAUUUACUGAAAAAAUCAUAUUUAAAUAGAAAUCUGAAUAAUUUUUCUAUUAUAAGAUCUAUAAUUACAGGAUCUUAUUAUCCACAAAUUGCUCGUGUUCAAUUACCUGAUCCAAAAUUUUUUAAAUCAUCAGUUGGAUCAGUAGCAAUUGAUCCAGAAGCCAAACAAACCAAAUUUUGGAUUCGAAAUGAAGCAUUCAUUGAAAAGAUUGAUCAAAACCAAUCAGUUGGAGAAUUAUUACCAGCUACUAGAUCAUUAUUAUUCUCUAAUUCUGUUGUUUUUGAUAAUUAUUCUCCAGAUAAUGAAGCUUCACAAAGAUUAUUACAAGAAGUAAUUGAUGAAGAAGGGAAUAUUGAUUCCAAUAAAUAUCGAGAAUUAAUUGAUUUAACUCCUAAGGCUCCUAAAUCUUCUAAUCAAGUACUUAAAUCUUCAUUUAUUGUAUAUGGAAGAUCACAAAAGACAACUUCAAUGUAUAUUGGAGAUAUUACUCCAUCGGGAACUCUUUCAAUAUUGUUAUUUGGAGGUGAUAUAGAUUAUAAUUUAGGUUAUCAUAUUGAAAAAGGUCGAACUUCACCAGGAAUUGUUAUGGAUAAUUGGUUACCAAUUAGAACAUGGUGUAAAAAUGCCGUAUUAAUGAAAAGAUUAAGAAAAUUAAUGGAUGCUAUUAUAGAAGAUAAACUUAGUAAUCCUCAUUAUACAACUUCAGCUUAUACUAAUUCUAAUGAUGAUAUCUUAUCCAUGAUUGAAACGUUAGUGAGCACGUGAUAUUGCAACAAUUAAAAAAUUUUAGCAGCAUUUUGUAUUUUUUGUUUUGGUUUGUCGCUUAUCGCGAUUAUAAAAAAAAAUAUUAUGGCUUACAAAUAUCUCCUCGGAGAUGUACAAUUUAUUACCGUACAUUCUAUUAUUUAAUUUAUAGAUAUUACUUAGCAUAUUU